AUGUCCAGCACUCCGGUACAGGGCACAUCAUCCUCGACUAAUAAUUUAAAUAAACCACCCAACUUACACGGUGCCACUUCUACACCUGGAUUGGGAGCAGGCGCAGGUCAAUCCACUGACGAGUUUUCCCGUAGUUCUAGCAGAACUAAUUUACUGACACCUGGAGGAGCCGGAAUUAUUACAGGAAGCAAGAGAAAUAGAUCCUCGUCAAGGUUGAGAAAAACAUCUAGACCAAAUUUGAAAAGAUAUACUUCCAUUGGUUCUGCACAUCCACCCAAUUUAAUCUAUUCCGUCGACGAUGAUAUUAAUGAGGAUGAAAUUGAUGCCAACGACAGUGAAGCACCAACCGAGCGUUCCAGCAAAAUAAAAACAGACAGGGAUUAUUUAGAAGGAUACAAUGAUGCAUUGAAGGCAUUAUACAACCGCAAGACAAAGUCACCAUCGGGAUACUUUCACGAUAUCACAGGCGGAUCCACACCUGUCAGAUCUCCUGAAGAAAUGGCCGCCAUAGAAUCAAAGAUUGCCAAAGAUUUAAUUGAUGCUGAAGAACAAAUGAAGUUAUUGGAAGAGUCGGAAGUUCAAAAUGGUCCACGACUUGGUGCAACUCCAAAUACUAGUGGAUUUGACGAUGAACAAAGUGGAGGCGAUUAUGGUGCCCAGGAUGAUGAAGAUGAAGAUGGUGAAGAUGAAAUUAAUGACAAUGGUUCUAUUAACUCCGCAUCGACUGUGGAGUCAUUAAAUUUGAAAGAAAGACAGAAAGCCAUCAAUUCAACUCAUCCUUUUGGUAUUAAGAUUUGGAAGCCUUCCUUAUAUAAAAAGAAAAGAUCUGUUGCUACCAGAGCAGAAGAAGAUAUCCAUGAUUUUGAGCCACGAAAGCCAACGGGGAAGAUAUCCUGGGGUGUCAAAUUCACCAAUUUGAUAUGGUGUUUGACUGCAGGAUUAUUGAUUUAUCUUGUUUGUUUACUUGGAGCUGCAUUUGUUUUUAUAUUUUCAGGUUUUGCCAUAGAAAGAAAGCUGAGACCAUAUGUUGUUGCUCUUUUGAAAUUGGGCCACUACUGGCUUUUCCCUUUUGGUAAGUUUGUUUUAUUGAAUAAAGAUAAAAACUACUUGGACGAAGAUCAGUUAGAAGGAAGAACAAUUAACGAGUUUCACCAAUGGAGAUUGCAAGAAGAAGGAAGGUUGUUCUUUGCACCACCCCGUAGAUACACUUCAGGUUCUGAUGCCACGAAACCUUUAUUAAAAGAUCAUAGAGGACGACCUUUAAGAGACGCAUACUCGCUGAUAGAUACCGGAAUACAAGAAGUUGACGAACAAGACCAAGAGAAUGACCAAGAUACCAAUGACUUUAAAGUUCGUUUUUUUGGAAGAGGGGACUGGAGUUUUGGAAGAUUUGCAUUUUAUGUGUACUUUUAUGGUAUCUUGCAACCAAUUUCUUACGCACUCGGAUUGCUUUGUUUUUUGAUUGUAUUCACUAUUCCAAUGGCGAAGAUCACAGGUAUCAUGAACUAUCACUUGAGACGCCACCCAUUGGCCUUAGACUUUGAACCUGAAAAGGACUACUAUAAACGUGCUGAACGUACUUCUACACAAAGGAAGAAAAACCAGUCUAUUUUGUUGUGUACUUACAGAUGCUGCGGUUCUCAUUACUAUAAAUACACCAUUGAUGGUACAAAUAUCUUUUUCAUCAAUUUAUUAUCUGUCGUUAUAUUUGUCAUUUUAGAUUUUUACUUCUUGAAGGAAGGUUUACAUUGGGACUCCUGGUUAACUGAGUCCAAUUUUAUUUUCUGUUUAUGUUUAUUUUCGAUUAUUCCAUUAGCAUAUUUCAUUGGUCAAGCUGUCGCAUCGAUUUCUGCACAAUCGUCUAUGGGUGUUGGUGCGGUUAUUAAUGCAUUUUUCUCAACUAUCGUGGAAAUUUUCUUAUAUUGUGUUGCUCUUAAUCAAGGCAAGGGUAAGUUAGUUGAAGGGUCUAUGAUCGGAUCAAUUUUGGGUGCAGUGUUAUUAUUACCAGGAUUGUCCAUGUGUGGUGGUGCUGUUAAAAGGAAAACUCAAAGAUAUAACCCUAGAUCUGCAGGCGUGUCCUCCACAAUGUUACUGUAUGCCAUGGUAACAAUGUUUGCCCCUUCCAUCUUCUACCAGAUUUAUGGUAAUUAUGAGAUGAAAUGCAGUAGAUGUGGUCCAUUAUCCACUGCAGAAAAUUGCUGUAGAAUGACCCAGUCUUUCCAAAUUGAUUCGCUUUAUCUUAAAGUGCUUAGACCAUUUUCAUUGAUUGUUGCUGUUGCCUUAUUUGCUGCUUAUGCAUGUGGAUCUUACUUUACUUUGAGAACUCAUGCAUCAUUAAUUUGGGCCACCAAUACUGGCCAUGAAACCAAAAGGGAUGAUUAUUUAAGAUCUCCUAGCUUUUCCAGCAUGCACACACCAGUCCAAAUGCCACGUGUUGCUUCAUCAACGCCAAAGCUCAGCGCUUUACCUCCAUCUGCUACGUUGAAGCCAACAGUUGAGCAGACUCCACAACAGCUCCCACCAAAAAAAGAAGUUAAGGAAGAUGAAGAGGAUCAAGCAGGUGGUCACGAUGCCCCUAAUUGGUCGAGAAAUAAAUCAACGGUAAUUUUAUUAGUAGCUACGUUGUUAUAUGCCAUUAUAGCUGAGAUUUUAGUGGACAAUGUUGACUCUAUUCUUGAAGAUUUCCCAAUUAAUCCUAAAUUCCUUGGUCUUACUGUAUUUGCUUUGGUGCCAAAUACCACUGAAUUUUUAAAUGCCAUCUCGUUUGCUAUUGGAGGUAAUGUUGCAUUAUCAAUGGAAAUCGGUAGUGCAUAUGCAUUACAAGUUGUUUUGAUUCAAAUUCCUUGUUUGGUGAUUUAUUCAAUGUAUGAACACUACGUAAAUGUGGAAAGAAUGUUUACAUUAGUAUUUCCACGUUGGGAUAUUAUUGCUACUUUAAUAUCAAUCUAUUUGUUUACCUAUAUAUAUGCAGAAGGUAAGUCGAACUACUUCAAAGGAGUGAUUUUGAUUUUGAUUUACGUUGUCGUCAUGUGUGGAUUUUGGUUCAAUGAUAUAAUUGAAACCUUAUAA